GUCUAACGAGCUGCGUAUGAACACUUUAAACCUCGACAUCCUGGCCACCCUGCUGGAACUCAAAAGUCUGGAUCUACGUCACAACAAUGCGAUCUGUGAGCCCUCCCACCUGGCUGUCUUGGCCAAUCAGAUGGGAGGAUUGGGAGUGGAUUGUCCAUUCACAUUGCGUGCUGCGAAGUCGGAGAAGUUGCACGCGGCGGAUAGAGAUGCGACACUCCUGCGGUCACAGUUGACACCCCACAGUACGGGCACAUUGCGGAGGCGAUUGGCGUUGGUGUUUGGGGACACCACUGACCCCGAUACAGUGGACCGGGAGGGCGUUGUGCAGCGGCUACUGUCACACUACGAGCGAAUGGGACCUCGGCAAAUCCGACGCAUCAAGGGAAUACCUGUGCCACAGGCCACGUGCACUGCUCUGCUCAAAGAACUGGACAAGUGGUCCGCUGAAGAUGUGAACAGGACAACCCCCCGAGAGCGUCUCAAUGUACGCGCACAACACUACAUGAUACUCACCAGCCCUGCAGGGUUUGCCAAUCCGGAUGGGAUCAAGGCGCUCCGAGCAAAGGAUAAACUUGCAGGAUAUAUGCGACUGUGGGAGCUAGCACGCGAGGUAGCUGUAGAGGCUGACCCAGAAUUCGCCACCCGAUACACGGCUGUAGCAUUCACCAAGAACUUUCAGGGCAGCCCACACAUCGACACACAGAACAUCGCCACGUUCCGUGGGUUGGCUCUUGGGGACUUCAGUGACGGCGGAGGAGCGUUAGCCGUCGAGUGCAGUGCUAAUGAAGUGGCGUACGUUGACACGCGCCACCGUCUGGGCAAAGUAGACGGCCGCUAUCCCCACUGGGUGGCACCGUACACGGGCACACGCUACAGUGUGAUCUACUACCAGACACGUGGCGAAAUAGAGCCACGCACCACAGCCGUGUUCGCAGGCGAGUCGUUAGUCCACGAACCGACAACGUACUGUCGCCCGGAGGACAAAUACUACAACAAGUACAACAGAGAGACUAACACGUACACCCCAGCCACCUAACUAGACUGCAUAUGUGUGACAAGUAUGAAUAGAAGGUAAAUGUUAUAUAGCGAAUACUAUAAUGAGUAAACAUAACACAAGAGAGUUGUGCACAUGCACGUGUGGCAAGUACUACAACAAGUACAACAGAGAGACUAACACGCACACCCCAGCCACCUAACUAGACUGCACAUGCACAUGCAAGUGUAACUAUCACUG